CUGCAAACAUGUCUGGCAGAGGCAAGGGCGGGAAAGGACUCGGAAAAGGAGGCGCCAAGCGUCACCGUAAGGUUCUUCGCGACAACAUCCAGGGCAUCACCAAGCCCGCUAUCCGCCGUCUGGCUCGCCGUGGUGGAGUCAAGCGGAUCUCUGGUCUGAUCUACGAGGAGACUCGCGGAGUGCUCAAGGUGUUCCUGGAGAACGUGAUCCGUGACGCCGUCACCUACACCGAGCACGCCAAGAGGAAGACCGUGACCGCCAUGGAUGUGGUCUAUGCGCUCAAGAGGCAGGGCCGCACUCUGUACGGCUUCGGCGGUUAAACCCAACUAGAUACACUCGAAACGCAAAGGCUCUUUUAAGAGCCGCCCACACCACCUGAAAAGCUUUAGCUUUGCACUGUGAUCGAGUCACGUCACCUCUCAUGCAUUGACAAUAUGU